AUGGAGAGCAAGGCCAUCGCCGGCAAGCAAAUUAGUGCCUCUUCGCAAUGGGAUCACAAUGAAGCUGCUCAUAAUGGUAGACUUCACUUUAAAGAAUCAGGUUACAAAGCAGGGGCUUGGGUGGCUCGCACAAAUGAUGAAAACCAGUGGCUCCAGAUAGAGCUGAUUAAUUCAAACGUUAAAAUAACAAAGGUUGCAACGCAAGGACGAAACAGUCGAACGUUUUUUUACUGGGUAACAAACUACCAUUUAACUUACAGCAACGAUGGAGUAAAGUUCCACAUUUAUAGAGAACGUGGACAUAUGGAAGCGAAGAAUUUCGUUGGAAACACAGACAAAGACACUGUCGUGUACCAUGAUCUUUUUCCACCAAUUAGAGCAAGAUACAUCCGUUUCCGACCGACAGCUUGGUAUGGCUGGAUAACAAUGCGAGUAGAGCUGUACGGCUGUUUAGAAUGUCAAGAUGCUUUUGGUAUGGAAAACGGUGCCAUUUCUGAUGGACAAAUUACUGCCUCUUCAGAACUGAAAGCAGCUCAUGCGGCGAAUAAGGCCAGACUAAAAGCUUCAGAGGGAACUUGGUUGCCUCUCACGAACAAUGCCGACCAAUGGCUUCAGAUUGAUUUGCUAGGAAACGAUAUCCUCAUAACGAGAAUUGCCACUCAAGGACUGAAUAACCCUGACAUGAGCAAAUGGGUUACUAGCUACAAUCUACAAUAUAGUAACGACGAAAUUAACUUCCAUUACUACAUAGAACAAGGGGAGUCAGUAAAAAAGGCUUUUGAUGGAAAUAUUGACAGAUAUUCAAUAGUUUACCACGACUUAAAUCCCUCCAUCGUGGGACGUUACGUCCGAUUUCGUCCAAUUAACUGGAACGGGGAAAUUGCCAUGAAGGUGGAGCUGUUCGGUUGUUCAGAUUUGGAUGAAUGUCAAGAGCAGAAACACAAUUGUCACGACAUGGCACAUUGUAGCAAUACUGUGGGUUCAUUCAAUUGCACUUGUCUUCAAGGAUUUACAGGAGACGGUGUUAUUUGUGCUGGUAUGAUAUUUGACUGA